AUGAAGCUGCUCCAGUGGUGCAUUUUGCUCAGUGGGAUCAAUGCCAUCUUUGCACAGGAGGGCGCGCCUCUCGCAGCGACUCUGAAUGGGACUUAUUCGGGGCUUUACCUACCAGACUGGGAUCAAGAUGCAUUCUUAGGUAUCCGCUUCGCCCAACCUCCGGUCGGUGAUUGGAGGUAUCGACACCCUCGGAGUCUGAACACAUCUUUUGAGGGCAUCCAUGACGCCAAACACUAUGGCUAUAGCUGCAUGCAAUACGUCGACCAACUCAACAUGUCUGAGGACUGUCUGACACUAAAUGUCAUUCGGCCAGCCUAUCCCUCACCAACCCCUCUGCCUGUCCUCGUCUGGAUCUAUGGCGGUGGCCUUGGAGUUGGAACUGCUGCAGAUCCACAAUACAACCUAUCAGGAAUUGUUAAGGUCGGCCAGGAUAUCGAACAGCCGGUCAUUGCCGUCUCAAUCAACUACCGGGUCAAUCAUUGGGGCUUUUUGCAGUCACAACAGACACUUAUUGAAGGAUCAAGCAACGCUGGGCUACUCGACCAGAGGCUAGCAUUUCAAUGGAUUCAAGAAAACAUUGCUGCGUUUGGAGGUGAUCCUGGACGCGUUAUAUUAUGGGGAGAGAGUGCUGGUGCCCAGAGUAUUACGUAUCACAUGUUAAGCUACGAUGGACGAGACGAUGGCCUAUUUCAUGGGGCCAUCUUGGAAAGUGGUGGCCCAACCGGCUGCCCAGUGAAAGACCUUGCCUACUGGACAGUACCAUUUGAGAACCUCACUCGUUCUGUUGAUUGUUAUUCCGCAGGGGAUCACUUGUCUUGUCUACGAAGUGUUGAUUCAGCAAAGCUUUUAGCCGCGAGGCAAAGUCAAGAAUGGCAAGGCCCAUUGAUUGACGGGGAGUUCUUAACGGGCUAUCCAAGUCAACUAUUACCCCAGGGAAAGUUCAUCAAGCUACCCCCUAAGCCUCACAAGCUCUUGUUAGAGACGGACAAAGACCUGUUUGAUAACUUCUUGGCCUGGCGCACGUACGACUUGUCCCCACCUACCCUCAAAAAGCUGCUCGAACUUUACCCAUCAGACACAUGCGAUGAGCCGCCGCACUCAAUUACCAACUGUUCCCGGUUCCCGAGCAUGGGGGCGCAAUGGCGGCGUGCUGCAAACAUCGGGGGCGACAUGGUGAUGAUUGCAGGACGUCGUAAAAUGUGCCAGGUUUUCUCGGAGGCAAAGCAGCAGGUAUUCAACUAUAGAUUCGAUACGCGCCUCUGGAAUCGGACGGAACUGGAGGGUGUGGUACACUUCGACAAUGUGGCGUUCAGCUUUCAAAACAUCUCGGGUCUUUUGGGGCCAUCGCCCGAGUAUGACAGCCAUCGACGACUAUCGAGAGCAAUCGGCAAAGCCUACAUACGUUUUGCCUACAAUUUCGACCCAAAUCCUAGCGGGCAUUCUGAUGAAAGCCAUGAGGAUAUUCCUUAUUGGCCGCGGUAUACUGUCUUGAACCCCAGAAAUAUGGUGCUCAAUGCUUCCGGUAGCUACGUCGAGUCGGAUACAUACAGAAGAGAGGGGAUUUCGUUCUUGAACUCCCCGGAAGUCUCGAGAGAACUGUUAGGUUAA